AUGUCGACAUUAGAUACUUUCUUUUCCAAUUUAUCUGCCUUAACAGGUGGAGCUUCCACAGACCAUUUAAAAGUGGUAUUCACAUUACUUGCAUCAUAUCCCGUUGCAUUAAUAUACAAGUAUUUACCGUCACGUUCUCCAACGUUUAAACACUUAUUUUCUAUAAUUAUAUCAAUUAUAGUAUUAUUUUAUGUUUUCGAUUUAGCGAAGGCCUUUUAUACAAUGCUGGCAAGUUCUUUGAUUACUUAUAUUAUAAUGUAUUAUGUAAGAGGAGAUUGGGGUCCUAAAUUAGUUUUCUUAUGUUCCUUGGGACAUUUAAGUGAAUUAACAUCAUAUCAGAGAAGCAAAGCAAUUCCAUCAAUUCCAUCAAUUCUAGAAUUUCUUGGUUAUAUAUUCUUUUUUGGUGGAUUUUUGGUUGGACCGGCAUUUGAAUUUAUGGAUUAUCGUCGAUUUACAAAUAUGGAAAUGUUCCGUAUCGAGAAUAAAAAGCAGCAAGUUAAACUUGUAAAUCCAAAUAAUAAUAAUGAUAAAUAUCAUGUACCGAAUGGAUUCAUUCCUGCCAUGAGUAAAUUGAGUUUUGGUAUUUUUUGGAUCCUUUGUCUAGUAACACUUGGAAACAAAUAUCCAUUUGAUUGGACCGUAACUGAAGAAUUUAAAAAUAUCUCCUUUUUGGAUAAGUUAUUUUAUAUACAACUUGCAUCUUUUUGCGCUAGGUUCAAAUAUUAUAUUGUUUGGUUGGUUGCUGAAGGAUCAUGUAUUCUUUCUGGCUUAGGAUUUAAUGGAUAUGAUGAAAACGGAAAUGAAAAAUGGAAUCGUGUCUCAAAUGUCGACAUAAUCGCUUAUGAAACAGCCGAUAAUGUGAAAACUCUAUUGGAAUCUUGGAACAUGAAUACGAAUAAAUGGCUCAAAAAUUACGUUUACAUAAGAGUGACUCCACCUGGAAAGAAACCGAGUUUCGUUUCAACUAUCACUACUUUUGGAACAAGUGCUAUUUGGCACGGAUUUUAUCCUGGAUAUUAUUUAACUUUUAUGAGUGGAGCAUUUGUUCAAAGUAUCCAUCGAACUCUCCGUCGUCAUAUUCGACCAAUUUUCUUAACACCAAGAUUUUCAUCACUAAAGCCAUUAUAUAACUUUUUCGGUAUUGGAAGAACAUUUAAAAAGAUUGUUCAAAUUGGUGGAGGAAUUGUGGAUGAAGGAAAGAAAGAUCAAAUUAAAAAAUGGAAAGUUGGAAGUAAGGGAUUUGAUGGUGAAGGAAAAAUUGCUUUGACUGAAACCGGUAUACCUUUGGAGGUUGAUAAUGAUUUGGUGGGUUUUAAGGAAGAGUGA